CCGUUUCGUUUUGGACAUGGUGGGGCUGGAUGGACUGAACCGACGAGCCGGCUCCUCGCUGGGUCUUCUCGGCGAGAGCAAGCGAGAGCAAGCGAGAAGAGCCCGUCACAGCUCAUGCGGAUUGCGGGGACGGCGAUCUGCAGAUCGCUCGUUCGUCGCCAUCUGGGCCAGCUUUCCCGAUGGCAUCCGAGAACAUCGUCAACGCCGAAGGCACCAAUGCCCUCGACAUCUAUUGCCCACGCCCCACCUGCCACUCCAUCGUGCUGAAGCGCGGGGCUGCCCGGAACACCGUUGCCAACACCGAGGAUGUGACCCUCCCUGCGCUCUCCUCACCCCUGCGUCCAGGUCAAGAGUCCGACACCAGUGCCGCCGGCGACGGCUCGUCCCCCUUCUUCUGGAGCGUCGCCAACAUGAUGGUCUUUGAGAACGUCGGGUUCUCGAAGCCUGUGGCAGAUCUGGAGCGCCUGCCCGAGGCCACCGCCCAGCUGGUCGGCCGGUUUCUGUGCUGUGCUGAUUGCGACGAGGGGCCCUUGGGCUACGAAUCCAAGGCAGACCGAAAGCUCUGGAUUGCAUCGGACAGGGUGUCCUAUCGAUAGAUCGGUAGCGGUGGGCAGUGGCCCCACAAGUGGGAGUCUGCGUACUGCCGCCAGCCCAUCGCUGAUGCAUGCACGGACGUCUCCAAACCCACCAGGGCUUUCUCUGGGAGCUCGCCCUGCGGGCAAUCGAGCAGCAACAAAGCCCUGUUCGGUGCGCUGCUGCUCCUGCAACUCGAGAAU